AUGACGGAUCAGCUUGCGAAGCGUGGGUACACUAAGUUACUCUUAAAUUUAUCUGCUGGAUAUCGCAUCGAUGAUCUCGAAGAUAUCUUCAAGUUUUUCAACGUGGAGGACGAGCAAUACGAGCUGGCAUGUGCAAUGUACCACACCUUAUCAUUUCAACAAGUGAAGUGGCCCGAAGUACGGUUCACGGAGGAAGGAAUGCAGUCUCUUAUGGUGGAUCUUUUCAAUCUCAAGUUCUCUCAGUAUGUGCAAGACGACCAGAUCUACGACUUUGUGACGCCACACGUGAUUCAGAAGUAUUUGAUGGAACCGUCGCCUGAUAUCAGUGCCAUUCGUUUAAGCUCAUAUAUCCCGAUUCCGAAGCCCUCACACCCCACCGUGUACGACUGGGACCAGAUUUUGAUGAAAGUGUACUUGCGCAGCAAAUAUCCUAAACGGGCCAAGGAGUUCUUCAUUAAGUAUAUGGACCAAAUGGCCAUUCGGAACCGUGAAAUGUCUCGUCCGGGAGAGAAUUUCGAGAACUUUUACCGGGUGGUGCUUAUGCUCCAGACCAAUUUGGACGAGCUAAUGAAAACUAGUUCUGAAGUCAUAGUUCUCCUUCUGAAGCUUUGGAGUUGUUUCCAGUUCGAGAUUCAGUACUGGACGGUUUUUGAUGACCAGUUCAAGGAGUUCAGCAAGUUUAAAGAUAUUUGUGACCUGACGCUCUACUCGUCACCGCUCGUGAUGUGGGGCUACCAUCUCCCAGACGAAUGGGUUGACUUUUUAGAGGAACUAGUGAGUGUGGUGGAGAACCUGAAAGAUGCGUUGAAGGUAGGAUUUUUAUCCGAUUUACAGGCCUUUGUUGGGUGGAAGGACCCGGUGGAGGUGGAAGAGCUCGGACCUGAUGAUACCACUGCCAUCAGACGUGAGCUCAUGGAUGACCAAGUUUUGCAGCCAUUCUACAAACGAUACAGUUGGCAAAACUCCAAGUACUGGGAUAAGUACUGUACUGAUAGUCUUUUCUAUUUGGUGUACCUGAGUGCAGACCAUGUCGAAGGGCUGCUUCUGCCGGCCAUCACCCGGUACUACUUCAGGCACCUCCGGCAUGAGUUACUUGAGUAUUUGAAUCUCUUUCCGGCAGUGGUGACGUUUGUGGUGAUGGAACUCAAAGACGAUAAUCCACACUGGGACGUGGAGUAUUUGAAACUGGAGAUCUUGGUGUUGGCAGCUUACUUGCUUGCGGGCAGCGGAAGUACCACCAAGUUGUUUACACGGAUGUGUACCUAUUUUAAUACCUUCAAUUAUCCGGGGUACAUUGCGGGUCGGGUGAAUGUGGAGGAAGAAAUGGUACAGAUGCUUGGGGACUACGCAGUAGAAGCGGCGGACGAGUUGGUGCGGUACGCAGACCAAAUGUGCAUGGAGAAGCAGGGGGUGGUGGACGUGCGGAUCCGGGUGAGAACAGUACCGUUCCGGCUGCAAUAGAUAUAACUACUAGUCACUAUUGUUUAUUGCGGGUCCACACGGGUCACCGCACGGGUACGCGCAACCUUUUGCAGCAAUCAAACAACUGUCAUCCACGAGUUUUGCCCCUUACACCCACAUCGGAACCACCAACGUCAAACAUACGCUAAUGUAUGACCACGGCGGCUCGUGUAAGACCUUCGCAUACCGCGUUGCCACUAACAACAAAGCCUCAAGCUCAAACGUCAUUUAUUUGUCAUUUCACGACGCUCCACAAAAAACAAAUUAAAUUGAGAUCCUUAUCAAUAAACAAAUAUAUAAGGUACAAAACCCCAGUUGUUUUUUUUUUGUUUAGGCUCCCAGUGUUUUUAAUAUUUUUUUUCUGAAAACACACCCAAUUCAACCACUUCCCAAUGUUCAAACUAGGCUUCUUGUCGUCGAUAUUCACUCCUUCCAAUAAAUCUGGACACCCUGUUAUCGACCUGGGUGAUAUCCCCAAGACGUUUUCCGUGGCCUCGAGAACUGACCCCAGAAAACACCUCAAGAUCUCAAUGGAAAACACCUUCGAUGAAGACUUUGUCAACAUCAACAUGAGAGAGAUGUCGUACGCCGAGGCUGCUCAUGUGGGAUUGUCGAAGCCCAGUACCUCCAGGGGUACCGGCACGGGAUCUGCGGCCACUGGUACCAGGGGUGAUGUGGUGUCCGCUCGUUCCCGGACCUUGAAGCGGGAUGAACUUGAUGACGAUGGGGAUGACUUGCCGGAGAAGUUGAAGUCGAGUAUCCAUUAUAAAAAACAUAAACAGUAUAAGAAGAACGAGAAGAAGAGAAAAAUGAAGACCAAGAGGAGAUACUAGAUAUGAAUAUACAAAUACACUGGACCCCACCUGGAGGCCGCCAUGGCUUAGCCUCCCCUGAGUAGAACACGGUCAACCUAGUUGUCCAACACAAGUCAUUCCCGGAGUAUUGCCUACUGUAAUCUUGUUUUGCUGAUCCGUGUUAUGAUAAGGAGCAUUGUGGAACAU